CCAAGACUCAUUCGCCUGCGAAUUCCUCUGGGGAGGGAUGGGAUCGGUGCUCAACCAGCAGUAUCCAACGGGGGCGCGUAAAAGUGGAGAUGAACCCGGGAAAUUGCCGGAACAAGAAGAGGAAGAAGAGGAGGAGGAGGAAUCCCAGGUUUUGCACGGAACAGGCCAUUGCAAGUGGUUUAAUGUGCGAAUGGGAUUCGGAUUUAUUUCCAUGCUCAACCGCGAGGGAAGCCCUUUGGAGUCUCCGGUUGAUGUCUUUGUACACCAAAGCAAGCUUUACAUGGAAGGAUUUAGAAGCCUAAAAGAAGGAGAACCAGUGGAAUUUACUUUUAAGAAAUCUUCCAAAGGCCUUGAAUCAAUACGGGUAACAGGUCCAGGUGGGAGUCCCUGUUUAGGAAGUGAGAGACGACCCAAAGGAAAAACAGUACAGAAAAGAAAGCCAAAGGGAGAUAGAUGCUACAAUUGUGGUGGCUUCGAUCAUCAUGCCAAGGAAUGUAUUCUACCUCCACAGCCAAAGAAGUGCCAUUACUGUCAGAGCAUCAUGCACAUGGUGGCAAACUGCCCACUUAAAACUGUCCCACAGCAGCCCACAAGUUACCAGGGAAGAUACGAAGCUGAGUCCCAGCCCUCCACAUCAGCCUUCCUGAGGGAAGGAGGAGGAGGGGCCUAUGGCUACACUUCUCCAUCCUAUUCUCAGGAAGGAAGGCCAGAUGUCUUACAGCAUUCAGGCAAGUCCCCUCAAGAAGCUGCUGCAAGUAAGUUCUCUCCAUCACCUGAAGAACAAAGCCGGAAGGGGCCAUCGGUUCAAAAAAGGAAAAAGACUUAAAGAGCUUUGUCACCACCUUUCAUUACCCUCUUGUGAUGUCUACCUCAUUCAAGCACAAGGAGAAUAAUCUCAUGUAUUAUCCUGCAGCAAACCUCAAAUUUUAACUACUGUUGAGGACCCAGGGGUCUUUUGAAAACAAAAAACCAAAGCAGACCAGUCACUCCAAGCAAAUUUCAGACCAGCUAAAUAGCUAGCGGGUUUCUAAACUGUUUGAGCAUCAGAUUCUUACGUGAUUUUUAAAGUUAGACUAAGCUGUCUUUGGGCGUAUGUUCUCCCCUUCUCCCCUUCUUUUCCAGAGCAGCCCUAUGGAAGUCUGUGCUUCCAUAGCUGCUUGAGUUCUCUGUGGUUAAUGUUAACAAUGGUUUGUUUGGAAAAAAGCCAGUUU